UUGUCUUAUCAGAUUCGUGUCUCGACAAAAGAAACUACAGCACCAAAGCGAAAAGCGGAUAUUGGAGAAGAUGAAGAUGCGGAAAAUGGGAUCGUUGGAAAGAUUGGCAUCCGAAAUUCAUCCUAUCCUCCUGCACCUAAAUCACUUCGUAUAAUUGAUCUCGCUUAUCAGUCCCAGUCGGAUCCGUUGGCAAUAACCUUAAAUGAUCUUAGUCUUGUCUCCGAAAGAACAUCCAAAUGGGAGGCUGAUACCCAUGAUAAAAGCAAGGAUGCAAGUGCGGUCGAUGAUACUUUCCUCUACGACCUGUACGCAGUCAGUACGAAUUUUGACGAGGAUAUUCCAGAUGAUCUGGGCGAUGAGCCACCUCUGGAAGGCAUAUACGAGGGCGAUUCCGAUGAGUUUGACGAAAAACAUCUCUAUGAUGGAGAGGACUCCGAUUCCAACAGUGAAUCAAAUUGGCGCAAUGACUACCCUGACGAGGAGGACCUGGAGUCGAGUGACAAACACUCACGCGACAGUGAUCUUGAUGACAACUCGGCUCGCGUUCUCACUCACGCCAUCAUCAUGAUUUCACUCAAAACGCUCUUCUUACUCAUCGUCUGUGUCUGUCUGGCCGUCUCCCAGGACGCCGAGGAGGAAGUGGCAAAUGAUGAAACCAAGGAGGCUGGAGACACUGGCAAUGCCACGGUGGACGUGCUGAACGGAUCGGAGACACUGGCAGCAGAAGACUCGGUUUGUGAACUACGCGUGAGCACACCACUCAUUGUCGGCAGUCUCAUCUUGUACAAGCUGCUCGCCUGA